UUCAGACCACAGCCCUUAGGGAAACGGUUUGUGUGUUUCUGGUUUCUCCCCUCUCCAGCAUAUUCUGUUUCAGACAUGUUUGGCCUCAGAUUCAUCACAAUACAAGUGGAGUUGCUUCUUUGCUACCUCCUGCUGUACCCUGUGGAUGUUAUUUCAUAUGGAAACUGGACAAAUAUUCCCUCAUCCUUGAGAUCCUGGCCACCUUCCUCAGACCUCUUGUCCUGCCAGACUCUGCUCCCAAAGUCCUUGCCUGGCUUUACUCACAUGCCUCCUCUACCCAAGCUCCUGGUAGCUCUGCCACUGGUGAUCGCCCUGGAGAAAGCUGGUUGCCAGGCUGAUGUCUGGACACUGCAACUUCAGCUGUACCGCCAGGGGGGUGUAAAAGCAACACAGAAACUCAUCCACCAUCUUCAAGAACUCCAGAAAAGCAGAAGCACCGUGAGGGCGGUUUCAGGGGAUGCCCUAUUCUCUGCUCUACAGUUUUUGGCCAGGGAGCGAACAGGCCCACCAAGGGCCCGACGCUCCCCCCCUAUCAAUAACUGUGAGCAGAAGCAGGAGCAAGGUGUGUACAAUAUAGUCCGAUUGUUGCCACAAGUGGGAACCUUCUACAAUCUCGGCACAGCUUUGUAUUAUGCUGCUCAGAAUUGUCCAGACAAGGCCAAGGAACGAGGCCAAGAUGGAGUCAUAGAUAUGGGUUAUGACCUUCUGAUGACCAUGGCUGGAUUGUCCGGGGGACCCACAGGACUACUAAUCAGUGCUGCACUUAAACCUGCAGUGAAGGCUGGGAUUGAACAGUUGAUCCAGUAUUUCGAAAUGAAAGAGGCAAACACGGCUCUACCAGCGAUCAGCAGGGAGGUCUUGGGGGGGCCCUCGGGUGUGAGUGACCUGGAAGAAACAACCACCCCGGGCCCUUUGGUCUUAGUUCAGCGGCCCGACUAGUACAGGACUUAUUUAAUGGCUAUGACUUAGAUCCUGGGAAUGGCAG